AAUACCUCAUUCCAUUUCCCCGUGGGCUUUGGCUGGUGAAAUAUGUCAAGCUCAGAGACUGAUGGCUGAAGCCCAGGAGAACCUGUACAUAACAUGAAUCCAAAUCUUUAGAUUUUCUGUUUCCCCCUGUCUCUUAGCUCAGCAAGGAAAUGGUUGGGCACCCUGCCCUUUUCCCAGGGUCUUUAAAAACUAAAAAACAAACAACAAUAACAACAACAAAACCGGGAUAUGUGGAGAAUACGGAUGGAAUGGGGGUAAGGGGCUGGGAUAAUUUCUUUAUGGCAUUUGGGUACAGGGAUAGGAUACAAUUGGAGGCCAAGAACAUCACAGAUAGUUAGAACUCAAACCACUUCUGUGCACUUUAGAAAUAGACUUCAGGCGUCAGCACAAAUCUGAGGAGAGACACACAUCCACAUACAAGAAAACAUAAACUCACAAACUCAAACUACAAUUCUCUACCUCUACCUCUGCAGACACAUUUAACCUAACAUGAUUUCCUCGAGGUCACAGCUCAGAGGUAAUUAGUGGUCUCAGGGAAAGAGUCCCAAUCCUGAGGGACCCUAGAACAUUCUCAUGGUUUACCAGUCCACAAACCUUAGACCUGGGGUGGCCCAAACUCAAUCCCAGCCCCAGUUGUCAGCAUAAGAAACCCCAAAGAAGAAGAGGUGAUUGGAUACUGGUCAGUCAGAUGCCCACAGACGAACCCCUGGAAGAGUCAUCCUUCAUUGUGUGGAAAGGAAAUAGACGUCAUUUCACCCCAACUCCAGCAGAGGGGAGACCAGGGAACAGGACAGACACCUGUGUGUCUAGUUGUGAUCAUGCCACAGAACUUCUCUUGGCUUUACAAAUCACUGUGAGCCCUCCUCUGAGGGAUAAACAGCCAGUGAUGUGGGGGUGUUGUGUUCCUCUCAGGGGAGGGGUUUAGUCAGCUAAACAUAAACCCCAACUUGUGCUAUUCUUCAUAAAAUGACUUUAAAGCCCAUAGGUAUGUGUGACAGGGACAGGGGCAGGGGUUCUUAAAUCCGAUUACAGACAAGCUGCUCUCCUGUCUCAUUCCUGUGUGGAGACCCAGGUUUCCAACCCAGCGAACCAUGAACAUCAGGAGGACUGCAGCCCCCACUCUGCAUAGCCCUCCAGGGAGGCCUGAGAGCUGCUGCUCAGGAACCCCCACCGAAGGAGUCUCAAACUAAGCCCCAUGGGAGAUGUUCCGGACUGAGAACUUUCCCCACAAAAUGCUACCCCUGGGGGACAUUAAGACUGAGAGGCUGCACAGACUCUCCCUGCAUCUGGGAGACUAAAAGACAACCCUGAGGGGGGUGCUGGGCCCCAGAGCUCCCCAGGGGGGAGUCAGGAUGUCCACAAGAGACCUUUUCGACCUUUUCGAGUUGCUGGCUGCCUCUACCUCCUGACCCCUCCUGGACCCCAAAGUCUCCCUGUGCGCUCCCCACCCCUUCACCUUCCUGUAGUGGCGCUUGCUGCAGCCCUCCCUGGUUGCUUUAUUUAUUUAUUUUGCACCAACAGGGUUGCUGCAGACUCAUUCUCGCCUGGUUUAAAAAGAGAGAGAGGAGAAAAAAAAAAAAAGGAGAAAUGCUUUCUGGCUCUUUUCUCUACCUCGGUCUUGGCAGCAGCGGCCGCAGCAGCGACAGCAGCCACAGUGGGCAGGCGGGCGGGCGGGCAGCGGGUGGCAGGCGGCGAGAAGUGAGACAUACCCAGAGGUACAGCCAGCCCCCACCCCGGCCCUGGGGUGCAGCUUGAAUGGGACGGCCCCCAGCCCCAGAUAGAUGCAAUGUCCAACUUGAUGCUGCCCUCCAGCUUCUCCGGACUGAAGAGGGUAUGGCCAUGGCCACAGCUCGAAAGCGAGCCUGGCCCCCUUGGCCCCCUCUCCUGUUCCUGCUCCUUCUGCCCGGAGGGAGCUGCGGUGGGUGCCCUGCUGUCUGUGACUGCGCCUCACAGCCCCGGGCAGUGUUUUGUGCCCAUCGGCGACUGGAAGCUGUGCCUGGAGGACUCCCACUGGACACUGAGCUCCUGGACCUGAGUGGGAAUCGCCUGUGGGGACUUCAGCGUGGCAUGCUCUCCCGCCUGGGCCUGCUCCGGGAGCUGGACCUCAGCUACAACCAGCUGUCCAGCCUGGAACCCGGAGCCUUCCAUGGCCUCCAAAGCCUACUCACCCUGAGGCUGCAGGGCAAUCGGCUACGAAUCAUGGGGCCUGGGAGCUUCUCAGGCCUACCAGCCCUUAGGCUGCUGGACCUUCGCCUCAACCAGAUUGUCCUAUUCCUUGACGGAGCCUUUGGGGAGCUGGGCAGCCUUCAGCAGCUGGAGGUGGGGGACAACCACCUGGUGUUUGUGGCUCCAGGAGCUUUUGCAGGGCUGGCCAAGCUGAGCACCCUCACACUGGAGCGCUGUAACCUCAGCACAGUGCCUGGCCCAGCCCUGGCCCGCCUCCCGACACUGGUGGCCCUCAGGCUUCGAGAACUGGACAUCGGGAGGCUGCCAGCUGGGGCACUCCGGGGCCUGGGGCAGCUCAAGGAGCUGGAGAUCCACCACUGGCCAUCUCUAGAAGCCCUGGAGCCUGGGAGCCUGGCAGGGCUCAAUCUUAGCAACCUGGCCAUCACCCGCUGCAAUCUGAGCUCCGUGCCCUUCCAAGCGCUCCAUCACCUGAGCUUCCUCAGGGUCCUGGAUCUAUCUCAGAACCCCAUCUCAGCCAUCCCAGCCCGAAGGCUCAGUCCUCUGGUGCGGCUCCAGGAGCUCCGCAUGUCUGGCGCAUGCCUCACCUCCAUCGCCGCCCAUGCCUUCCAUGGCCUGACCGCCUUCCACCUCCUGGAUGUGGCAGAUAACGCUCUUCAGACCCUAGAGGAGACAGCCUUCCCUGCUCCAGACAAACUGGUCACCCUGAGGCUGUCCGGCAACCCCCUGACCUGUGACUGUCGCCUCCUCUGGCUGCUACGGCUCCGCCGCCGCCUGGACUUUGGCACGUCGCCCCCAGCCUGUGCAGGCCCCCAGCAUGUGCAGGGGAAGAGCCUGAGGGAGUUUUCAGACAUCCUACCUCCAGGGCACUUCACCUGCCAACCAGCCCUGAUCCGAAAGUCCGGGCCGCGAUGGGUCAUGGCAGAGGAGGGGGGGCAUGCUGUUUUCUCAUGCUCCGGAGACGGAGACCCAGCCCCAACUGUCUCCUGGAUGAGGCCACAGGGGGCUUGGCUGGGAAGGGCUGGGAGAGUGAGGGUCCUAGAGGAUGGGACGCUGGAGAUCCGCUCAGUGCAGCUACAGGACAGGGGAGCCUACAUCUGCGUGGUCAGCAAUGUUGCUGGGAAUGACUCCCUGAAGACCUGGCUAGAAGUAAUCCAAGUGGAACCACCAAACGGCACCCUCUCUGACCCCAAUAUCACCAUGCCAGCUAUCCCAGGGCCCUUCUUCCUAGACAGCAGGGGGGUCGCUAUGGUGCUGGCAGUGGGCUUCCUUCCCUUCCUCACCUCCGUAACCCUCUGCUUUGGCCUCAUUGCCCUCUGGAGCAAGGGCAAAGGCCGGGUCAAACAUCACAUGAACUUUGACUUUGUGGCCCCUCGGCCCUCUGGGGAUAAGAACUCUGGGGGUAACCGGGUCACUGCCAAGCUCUUCUGACCUUUCCUUCCAUGGUGGAAUUCCAGCCAAGAUACCAGAAUAGAAGAGAACCAAGGCUCCUUGGACCAGAAGCUAGUCCAACACUCGCCUGCCUCAUGCCACUAGCUAAGGAUGGUCUGCCUCCCCCUGCUUUUGCAGUUUGAGGGUCCCAGGGAGCAGAAGAUACAGAUGCGCAGUCAGCCCAGCCCUCCCCAACCACCCUUCCCCCAACAAAGCAGGAAACAUCCCCAAGGCUCCAGUCUACUUGCUCGCACUUAUGCCCUUUAACAAUCACUACCAGCUGCCAACCACAGCUAUAAGAUUAUUGCAGAGGUGGGGCUGGGAAGUGCCGCUUCCUUCUCAGUGUUUCUGCUCCUCAACCAGGCAGUCUCCCUCUUUUUUUCUGCUCUGUCCCCUCCCCAGGCACAAGGAACUAGGGCCAAGGACCUUAGGGUAGGAAGAUGUGAAUGUGCGAUAGCAGUGGUGGGGGUGGGGGGAGGUCACACUACACAUUGGCGCUAUGUCUGCAUGAGCCUCCAAUACCUGUCCCAUCUGUCACAUCAUUAAACUUGCUGCCAAAUGGCCAUGACAGUUGCAGCCUAAAUGAAGUGUGAUAUCGGGAGUUUUAUUUCACUCUUUUUCCCCCUUCAUUGUUAGCAAAUCUCUCCCUUCCUACCCUUUCUGCCUGCCCACUGAGCAUGUAUCCCAAUGGGCUUGCCUGAUAUACAGGCUUGACACAGAAGGAGGCCCAGAGAUGUUCUGUAGAGACUCCUAUCUAUUUCAGUUUCAGCCCUUUCCCUGUCCUCUGCAUCUGUGCAGCUGGAGAAGGAGAGGUCCUCCACCUUCCAAGAGAGCUGCUGCAAAAAUACCAGCCUAGGACACCCAGCUCCUU